AGAGAAGGGAAGAGGAAAGAAACAGUACACGGAGCUGUAGUUGCAGCAGUGAGUCUCUGAUAUUUCUCGUGAUUUGCAUUUCAACCUUUUUCCCUCUCUCUCUCUCUCUCUCCUCAUUCACUUCCUUCAACCUCUAAAACCAUACCCACACCAAAAGCCCAAAAAGCGACUCUCUCUCUCUCUCUCUCUCUCUCCCUCUGUGGGUGUUGGAGAAACGGAACCCUAGGUUCUCUGGCCUUGACGCCGCGCCUCUCUCUCCGUUAAAAAAGGGGCGUCUUUUUGGCGUUCUUUGUAGCUGGUUAGCAAUCAGUCGGUGUUUCGCGGGACCACUCUGAUCUUCUUUCAGAUUGGAUGCUUCAUUUUUAGCGAGGAGACUUUAACGACCCAUUCGAAUCUGCAAAUCACUAUGAUUGAAGGAAGAUUCAGAGUUUAUGUGGCUUGUUUUCUAGUUUCUGUGUUCGUCCAUAUGCGAAAUUCUUCUCUAGAAUUGGGUUAGAUUUCAUUUGCAAAGCUGUAUCAAUCUUUUGUGGAAUUUUGGAUGAAUCCAGCCAAGAUGGAAACCCUACCCAGUACUAGUGAAAUUGUUGAAUCAACAGAAGAAUCAGAUUCUCAAUCAAAAGUGAAUAAGGAAAAAGGAAAGCAAUGUAUGCCAGAAUCAGGAAAUAAGUAUUCUAUAGAGGAUGACAUAAAUCGCCUUUUCCAGGCAAUCGACAUCAGAACUAAAGCUAGAAGAUCAGGUCAGUUGCAUGAAAUUGGUAAAGACCCUUUGAGAAAGAGUGCUCAGAAAAGGCCAAUGAGAGUUAGUUCAUCUCAUGCAACGGGAAUUGGAAUAUCAGAGCCCGUGAGUUUGAAGCAAGCCCUAAGAGGACUGUGCAUCUCGCAGGCAUCAGAGAUGGCUGCCAUGAAACGAUUAUCUAAGCCAGCCAGUUCGCCAGGGGGGUCAGAAGCGGGAACUAUCAAAAGGUUGUAUAGGGCAGUGGUUGUUGAGGCAAAUGGAUCUGGUACUCCAUCCAGAGCAGGUAAGGGGAAUUUGAUGGAAAUCUCUCUUGUACCAGAAGAAAGCACAUCAAAAUUUUCUGAUAUGAUGCCUGAAUCCAUGCAAGCACCUGAGGCAGAGUUAUCAAACGCAAGGUCUCAUCCUUCUAUUCCUUUGGCUGAUAAAAUGAUGCCAGAGGCAAUGAUGACUAGAUUAGCAUCACAAGGUCAGAUUGUACCUUUGCAGACAGAGGUUGGGAGUGAAAUUUUGAAGGCAGAGGUUGGAAAACUGAAAGCUGCAGAUUCUUCAAUCACUCAUGGUAGCCAGAAUGUUCAGGAGGUGGAUGCAGCUGCUCCCACCUCGAUAGAAGUUCCAAGCAAAACUCCAAUGCCUGAUGAGAGACAGAAAGGUAAGUUGCAUUCUCUGAGUUCCAUAGCUAGCUUCAGCAGUGCUAGUAAGAUUAGCAAAUGGACUAGCAAUAGUCCAAAUUUAAUGAAGCCAGUCUUCGGGAACAAGACCUCUGUUAAGAAGAAAAUAAAACAGGAUUCAAGUUCUGCCUCAAGCAGUUUCAAUCCAUGUAAUGAAAAACUUGAUAAUGAUUCGGUUCCUAGUACGAGUAAUUUGGACAACCAGACACAAACUUGUACUAUAGAGCAUGAUAGGAAACAAAAUGAGAAAGCUUCUCCAGCGUCCAGCAGUACGAAUCUUAGCAUUGAAGUCAAUUCAAGUACUCUGGACACGGGCUCAAGCAAACUUGGUUCUGGUUUGAAUUGCAUCAAUAGAAGUAAAUCUUUAGUGACAAAAGCUGAUGAGAGAUCAAGGUCUAGAGAAAAGGGUGAGUUCUCUCAGAGCUCAAAAAGUAGCAUCGGUGACUACAGCAGUAGCACAACCAAUAGUGAGGAGAGCAAUGUAUGUGGGUCUAGUCGCAGUGGCAAAAGGCCUCACAUGUCAAAAGACUUGAGAUGGGAAGCCAUCCACUGUGUUCAGAAACAGCAAGGAAGCUUGAGUUUGAGGCACUUCAAGCUGCUCCGAAGGCUUGGCUGUGGGGACAUUGGAACUGUUUAUCUUUCUGAGCUAACUGGUACAAACUGCCUAUUUGCUUUGAAGGUGAUGGAUAAUGAGUUUUUGGCAAGCAGGAAAAAAAUGCCCAGGGCCCAAACUGAAAAAGAGAUACUGCAAAUGCUGGAUCAUCCUUUUCUUCCUACGCUUUAUGCCCAUUUUGCAACAGAUAAGCUGUCAUGCUUGGUUAUGGAGUAUUGUCCAGGUGGAGAUUUGCAUGUGCUGCGGCAGAAGCAACCAAGUAGGAGUUUCUCUGAACUAGCAGCCAGGUUUUAUGUUGCUGAAGUCCUCCUCGCACUGGAGUAUUUACACAUGCUUGGAGUUGUUUAUAGAGACUUGAAACCAGAAAAUAUCCUGGUCCGAGAAGAUGGUCACAUCAUGCUCUCAGAUUUUGACUUGUCUCUCAGAUGUUCUGUCAAUCCAAUGGUGCUUAAAUCGUCUUCUCCGACUGUGGAGCCCGAAAAAAAGAUGUCGAGUCCAUGUACUGAAUCUAGCUGCAUUGACCCUUUCUGCCUCCAACCUUCCUGGCAAGUCCCAUGCUUCACUCCUAGACUUAUAACUGCUGCAGCAAAAGCUCGGAAGGUAAAAGCUGAUCUAGCUGCCCAGGUGAGCCCAUUGCCGCAGCUUGUCGUGGAGCCAACAAGCGCCCGAUCAAACUCCUUUGUUGGAACCCAUGAAUACCUUGCUCCUGAGAUCAUCAAAGGUGAGGGUCAUGGGAAUGCGGUUGAUUGGUGGACGUUUGGAAUAUUUCUAUUCGAGCUCUUGUAUGGUAAGACACCCUUCAAGGGUUCAGGAAAUGAGGAGACAUUAUCUAAUGUAGUGUCACGAAGCCUCAAGUUCCCAAAUAGCCACCUUGUUAGUUUUCACGCAAGAGAUUUGAUCAGAGGGCUGCUAGUAAAGGAUCCUGAAAAUCGGUUAGGAUCGGUGAAAGGCGCUGCAGAGAUCAAGCAGCACCCUUUCUUUGAAGGCCUUAAUUGGGCUCUGAUACGGUGCGCGGUACCACCAGAACUGCCGAAGCCCUCUGAUGUUGAAACUGCACAGAAAAAGGAGGGCACCAAGUGUAAUGAGCUGGAGGCUACAGGAGGAGAGUAUGUGGAGUUUGAGCUAUUCUAGUUAGAAAAAAAAAUGGGGGGGGGGGGGGUUUCUUUUCUAAACUUUUUUCAUCCUUGUUGCAACUGAUAAUACAGCUUAUAAUGUAAAUGUAAUUCAAUAGUAAUGGCGGCAAAUUAUAGGUUUUUAUAUAUAUAUCAACACUGAAUCAGUAGCUGAGAGAUUCCAAACGGGGGAAUUAAGGGUGCAUUUUUCUUGUUUGUUUCCUUUUUCCUCACAAUGGCCUUCCCUGUUCAUACGUUCUGUUUUUGGCAGAAUUAACAUUUUGAAUCCCUGGUUUUGUGGCCGGUUAAGCAUUUCUGGAGUCAGAAAUAUUGAAUUCAUGCAAGUUUGACUAAA